GACUUAAUAAAUAGUAUAAACCCACCAUUUUAUUCCCUCUUUCUAAGGGAAUUUUUGGUUACUAAUAAAUCUUCCAUGGCCACAACUCCCAAAAAAAAAAAAAAUCCCAUUUACUUUUCUGUUCUGGUGACUCUUUAAUUUGCCUGUUUUCAUUUUCGUUUCUUUUCACUCUUACAACAGUCAAACCUCACGUAAAUUUUCCCACCGACAAGACACCGAGGUUUGAGGUUUUUUUUUCUUUUAAUCCUAAAUUUCGUGUCUUUUUUUAACGCUAUUUGGUAGUUAAUUCAUUAAUGUUUAUUUUCCAACUGUAUACUAGUAAGUUGUUGAAUCAAGUUUGUGUUGUAAAGCCUUUCUGGGUGUUGGUUUGUUUAGGCUUGUUCUGCUUAUGGAGUUAGUUAAUGGAUUUAGAAAGCUGUUUGGUAAUGAAAAUAGGAGAUGGGUUUUUUUAGUUGCAAUAGUUGCUAUUACUCAUUUAUUGUUUCAGUCCUUUUUGCUUCCAUAUGGGAAUGCUCUUAGGUCUUUGUGGCCUGGUAAUGAAGAUUCAAUAGAGAAUAGUAAAAAUGUUAUUCUUAGAGUAAAAUCGUUUGCUAAUUCUGCUAUGGUUCGUGAUCCUCUUACCAUUACCAUCAACGCAUCUGAUAUGAGUACAGGGGAUGUUGUGUUUAAUGUGGUGCUGAAAGAUGGUAAUAGUUCUGAUUCUAAUGUUGGUGGAGAUGUUGGAAAUGGUAGCGGAAUUAUGGUAGAUCAUGGGGAAUUGAAGAAUGGUCUUGCAUCUGAGGGAAUGGAGUCGGAUGGUAGAAAUAAAGUUGCUGUGCAUAGAAAUAUCAAUGAUGAUCAUGCAUCUGAGAAUGCUGAAGAUCUAAAUGAGAUUGCUGUUUUGGAUGAUAUAAUUCGAGAUCAAGAUAACUUUCCUUUGGAAGAUGUUGUGGAACCUGUCCAUGUAGUUUUAGCUAACAAACUUGCGGAGAAUGAUGCAAGUCAGAAACCAAAAGAAUUUGGACUUGUAAAUACAACAUCAGAAACUCCUACCUUGGAAUCACCUAUGGUAUCUUCAUUGACAAUGGAGUCAACCGAUGAUGCUGGAAAUGGCUUUACUCUGGAGCAGGUUGUGAAACAUGGUCAGGAAGUCUCAACCGGGAAACUUCUUGAGAAUAAGACAAGUCCGACACCUAAAGAACUUGGCCAUGUAAAUAUCGCUUCCCAAUCUCCUACCUUGGCCUCACCUGUAGCAUCUUUAAUGGUGAACAAGGCCUAUUUGAGAAACUCAAUUUCAAAUGGUGGCCCCUCUUUACAACUGACACCUAUGCAAAGUGAUCAUGUGCCGUCAAAAAAUAAUUCUCCAAUGAUUGCUAAACCAGAGAGAAAAAGGAUGAAAUGUGAAAUGCCACCCAAAUCAGUGACUACAAUAGAUGAGAUGAACCGCAUAUUACUACGCCACCGCAGGUCAUCCCGUGCAAUGAAACCACGGUGGUCUUCUGUACGUGACCAAGAAAUCAUUGCUGCAAGAUCGCUGAUUGAGAAUGCUGCUGUCAUAGUCAAUGAUCAAGAACUUUAUGCUCCUCUUUUUAGAAAUGUUUCCAUGUUUAAAAGGAGCUAUGAGCUCAUGGAACGCAUACUCAAAGUUUAUGUCUAUAAGGAUGGGAAAAAACCUAUCUUUCAUCUGCCGAUACUUAAGGGAUUAUAUGCCUCAGAGGGAUGGUUUAUGAAAUUGAUGCAAGGGAAUAAGCGUUUUGUUGUGAAGGACCCUCGAAGGGCGCAUCUGUUUUAUAUGCCAUUUAGUUCUCGGAUGCUAGAGUACACCAUUUAUGUACGAAAUUCUCAUAAUCGGACAAACCUAAGCCAAUAUUUGAAGGGUUAUACAGAAGGUAUUGCUGCAAAGUAUCCUUACUUUAACAGAACAGGUGGGGCAGAUCAUUUCCUUGUUGCUUGCCAUGAUUGGGCUCCAUACGAAACAAGGCACCAUAUGGAACACUGCAUUAAAGCUCUCUGCAAUGCUGAUGUCACGGUAGGCUUCAAACUUGGGAGGGAUGUUUCUCUUCCAGAAACAUAUGUCCGAUCUGCUAGAAAUCCUCUUAGAGAUCUUGGAGGAAAACCACCUUCUCAGAGGCAUAUUCUCGCCUUCUAUGCUGGAAGUAUGCAUGGCUAUCUGCGUCCUAUCCUACUGAAAUAUUGGAAAGAGAAAGAUGAUGAUAUGAAGAUCUUAGGUACAAUGCCUCCUGGUGUUGCAAGCAAAAUGAAUUAUAUCCAGUACAUGAAGAGCAGCAAGUACUGUAUCUGCCCGAAAGGUUACGAGGUCAACAGCCCACGGGUAGUUGAAGCUAUCUUCUAUGAGUGUGUUCCUGUUAUUAUCUCUGACAAUUUUGUGCCACCAUUAUUUGAAGUUCUGGAUUGGGGGGCAUUCUCGAUAAUACUUGCAGAGAAAGACAUUCCCAACCUGAAAGACAUACUCCUAUCAAUACCAAAAGAGAGAUAUCUUGCUUUGCAACUUGGUGUCAGAAAGGUUCAACGGCAUUUUCUCUGGCAUCCUAGGCCUGAGAAGUAUGAUCUCUUCCACAUGACACUUCAUUCAAUUUGGUAUAACAGAGUCUACCAGAUAAAACUGAGAUAGCAAUGUUAGUUUGCAUUUAAAUUUUGAAGUAAUGCAAUGAGUGAAGACGCGAGUACGAAUAUGUUAGGCCUGAAAUAGAAAAAGGGCUGCUUCUUCUGCCUCCUUACUCACUCUGUCAAGUUGUAUAAAGUUUCUGUCUGAAUAUGACAAACAAGACGAGGCACUUGUAAUUGAAGUCUGAAUGAUUACAUCAUCCAUAAAAUGUACAUGUACUGUUGUAUCAUUUCAUUUCUUUUUGUAAAAGAAGAAUAAGAUGCUAUGUUUUUCUUGGAUAUGUAUAGAAGCUAAUUACAUUUUUCAAAUAGGCACCACUGCAGGAGCUAUUGUUGUUGUGAAGCUCUUCCUUCUGAUUCUUAUGCUUAUAAUCCUUUUUCUUCAAUUUAAACUUGCUGUUCAGAGACAUGAUAUAUUUUCUUGUCAUUUCAAGUUUCAUGGAGAACAAUUUGAUGGCAUUUGUCCACGCUUACCAAGAGUUUGUUACCAAUACGCCACGUGUGCAUCAUAUAGAAGAUGUGGGCUGCGUUUGAGGCUUUCGCAUUCAGAAAUGGAAAACACAUGGCCCAGGCCAAUUCAUUUGUAAUAUAUAUUAUCUAGUUCCAGGUAUGAGACUACCCAGUUAUCAUGGCUAUCUCGUUCAUAUCAUUUGAUAUAGGUUUGAGCAUGCAUUAAUAUUGCUGAUCAAGUUGCUUCCAGGAAAUUAUCACAAGAAAAAAAAAUUAAGGAAUGAGCUUCUUCAAAGUGCAUCACAGUACGUACCUGCGUACCUUCCUGCACGCAUUGCUGUCUUGCUGAUAUGCUAGCGGUUGGUUAUCCUAGUUUAGUCUAGUCUUUAUUUUGUACUUGGCCUUUGGCCCCCCUUUUUACCAAGAAAAAUAAAAUGUACUAUAUUGCUUGGUGACGUAUUAGCACUGAGGAUGUCAAAAAUGAGAUGCUAAAAGAAAGCGUCCUCUUAUCUCUCUUUCCUCUAAGAAGCAACGGUGACUCCUGGUGUCCUUGAAAAAAAAAAACCCACUCAUGCUACAGCUCAGGCGGAGCUCUCUCAACCUCUCCCUACUAAGUUUGGGUUGAGGAAUCUGAUGAUUAAUGUUGGUGAAGCCAGAAGCCUGGUACCUCUAGUAUAAAUGUACCAAUUUCUGAUGCCAUUAGCUGUACAUGCACUUCACUUGCAGCUAAAUAUGGGGAGAAGAGUGAUGGAUUGGUGACAUGCCGUGUUAUGCUGACGCUUCCAGGUUCAGUUGUAGUCAGAUCAGAGAGGAAGCUUGGGUCCUUGACCAUGCAUGCCAGAUAAUAUUGGUUUAGUCUUCAUGAACCUGGCUGGCAUACAAGAAGUCUAAGUUUUGCUCUUACUUGUCCAGGUGGUAUUAUACCACAUUAAUAAAUAUUUAAUUUUUUGUAAUCUUAUAUUUUUUCAUCUAUUAUCAAUUGAU